AUGGGUAUAAUAAUAUUUUUGUGUUCUUUGAUGUAUGGUGUUCUUGUACGUGGUGAUUUGGAUAUCAUCCAGCCAACGGCGUCCGAAAUCCCAGGGUUGCUACCAGCAUCCAUUUUUUGUGUUGCCAAAACAGGAAUCAACCCUAAUGUGGUACACCAAUUAAUAUCAUGGGACGUCAAAGAUACCAAACCCACUAAAGACUAUUUGUACUGCUUCCUCCGAAGAAUAGGAUACUGCGAUAGAUCAGGUCAUAUUAAAAAGGAUAAAGUACUAUAUUUUAUCGGGAAUUACGACAAGAAGGAUGAACUGGCUAAUGCUAUCGACGAAUGCAACAAAAUUGAAACGAAUGAUAAGUACGAAAACCUGUUUCAAAUCGCUGAUUGUAUACAUAAUAAGUCACCGCUACAAUUUCCUUGA